CCCCGGAUGAUGGCCGCAGCCGCUCUCUGCUAGAAGGCAACUUGCUGCCUCGCAGAAGCUGGCGGGCACUGUGCCCGCCACGAUCGGUCUGCUGGGCACUGGGCCACCGCCCCACCCACCCCCCUCUCCGGACAUGGAGCCAGAGCCGGCGGCUCCUAAGCAACCCCGGCCGCGGAGGAGAAGCCGCAGGGCCUCAGUGCUCAGCGAGGACCAAGCCGCGGGGCUUCCGGCCGACACACCCGGGCCGGCGGCGAACGAGAGAUGCUCCCUUCGGAGAGGCAGCUCCUUCACAUUUCUAACCCCUGGCCCGCACUGGGACUUCACUUUGAAAAGAAAACGACGAGAGAAAGAUGAUGAUGUUGUAAGCCUUAGCAGCCUUGAUUUGAAGGAGCCAAGCAAUAAAAGAGUUCGGCCCCUAGGUCGGGUCACAUCCUUGGCAAACUUAAUCUCUCCCGUAAGAAAUGGAGCAGUCAGGCGCUUUGGUCAGACCAUACAGUCCUUUACCCUUCGUGGUGACCACAGAUCUCCAGCCUCUACCCAGAAGUCAUUCAGCAGGGCCACAGUCCCCACACCCACCAAGAGAAGAAGCAGUGCACUAUGGUCGGAGAUGCUAGACAUCAGUAUGAAGGAGUCCUUGACCACUCGAGAGAUCAAACGACAGGAGGCAAUAUAUGAAUUGUCCCGAGGAGAACAGGACUUAAUCGAGGAUCUCAAGCUCGCUAGAAAGGCCUACCAUGACCCCAUGUUAAAGCUGUCCAUCAUGUCAGAAGAGGAGCUCACACAUAUAUUUGGAGACCUGGAUGCUUACAUCCCCCUGCACGAAGAUCUGUUAGCAAGAAUAGGAGAAGCAACCAAGCCUGAUGGGACCGUGGAACAGAUCGGUCACAUUCUCGUGAAUUGGUUACCAGGCCUGAACGCCUACAGAGGCUACUGUAGCAACCAGCUGGCGGCCAAGGCUCUUCUGGAUCAGAAGAAACAGGACCCACGAGUCCAAGACUUCCUCCAGCGCUGUCUGGAGUCUCCCUUCAGUCGAAAGCUAGAUCUUUGGAGUUUCCUAGAUAUUCCUCGAAGUCGCCUCGUCAAGUACCCCUUGCUGUUAAAAGAAAUCCUUAGACAUACGCCCAAAGACCACCUCGAUGUUCAGCUUCUGGAGAAAGCAAUUUUGAUAAUACAAGAAGUUCUUUCUGAUAUCAACUUGAAGAAAGGCGAAUCCGAGUGUCAGUAUUACAUCGACAAACUGGAGUACCUGGAUGAGAAGCAGAAGGACCCCAGGAUCGAGGCGAGCAAGGUGCUGCUGUGUCAUGGGGAGCUGAAGAAUAAAAGUGGCCAUAAACUAUACAUUUUCUUAUUUCAAGACAUCUUGGUUUUGACUCGGCCCGUCACCCGAAAUGAGCGCCACUCCUACCAGGUUUACCGCCAGCCCAUCCCAGUACAGGAGCUGGUGCUGGAAGACCUGCAGGACGGGGAUGUGCGCAUGGGCGGCUCCUUCCGAGGGGCCUUCGGCAACUCAGACAAAGCUAAAAAUAUCUUUAGAGUGCGCUUCCAGGACCCUUCUCCAGGCCAGUCCCACACACUGCAAGCCAACGAUGUGUUCCACAAGCAGCAGUGGUUCAACUGCAUUCGCUCGGCCAUCGCCCCUUUCCAGCGGGCCGCCAGCCCCCUCGAGCUGCAGGGCUUGCCAGACCUGCACGAAGAGUGUGAGGAGAACAACCCUUCCGCUGGGAACCUCAGAGCCCAGCGACGGUCAUGCGUGCUUCCUGGUGUUAUGCAGGUAGACCACGAAAGUGUGCUGCAGUGUGGGAGUGUACAGACCGCGGAGGACACCAGGAACGCAAAGGCACAUCGGCCUCAGCAUGGCCUGCGAAGAGCAAGGGACAAGGCGCAGUCGGGUGGCAAAAAGAAAGAGACUUUGGUAUGAGUGUGUGUAUUCCCCGGUGGGAGCUGUUUAUUUAUAAAUGUGUACAGUUUUCUUGUAACGGGAGCGUCGAGGGCUACUCUGUACCAGAUGUAAUAUGUCCAUGGAUUGGGUCUCUCUCUCAUCCUCUCCUUCUCCCUCUCCCUUCCUCCCCCCCAACCCCCACGUCCUCGUCUGCGUUGUCGUCAUUGUCGUUGUUGUUAAUGGCAGCUAAAGAUACACAGGUUACUGUUAGAGUGAAGACUUUGAAGGGGUGUUUUCAUGGAUGGUGGCUUUUAUCAGAAGAAAUAUGGCAGAGCCGGUGUCGUCCAUGCUGGGUAGACCGUGACUUUCCACCAAAUGCCAGUGUUUGCCAAGCUUAAACCUUGCAAAUGCUGAAAUUCUGUCAGCGUUCUUUGUUAAAGCUCAGGUGGAGUGCGGAAUUUUAAUAAUGACACCUGCAGUCUACAUGGGAGCGGUCUGAGUUUGAAAUAUUUCAUAUUUACAGGGAGCGCUGCCUCCUUGGAGAACAAGCGUAAAGCCUGUUGUCUUCCCCUUUUCUCAACUGGAACGGACGAACGGACACCGUGUCAGUCUCACACGGGUCUCCUCCUCCAUUCAUUCAUUCUGCCAACUAUUUAAUUUUUUUUUAUUGUAAAGUAGUUUUUAGUAUUUGCUUUUAUUUUUUUACGUUGAUGCCUUUUUAAAUUGGCAUAUCCUUGAAGUUUUUCCUCCUGAUUUUGUGUGUGUGUGUGUGUGUGUGUGUGUGUGUGAUAUUAAUUUUAUCAAGUGAAACCAAGCCAUAUUGUUUGAGCCAAUUAAGAAAAGAGCAGUUUUUACAGUGUAUCAUGUCAGGGUGGUAAAGUCCCACGGAAUGACUUAGUGUAUUCUAGACUACUGAAACCAACCACAGGAAGGGUGGGUGCAAGUUUUUGUGUUGUCUGAAAAGCAAGAGAGAAGGCAGGAGACUGGGAUAGUAAAGGGAAGGGAAGAGUAACUUGUCUAAAAUUGUCUGGCUGAACCAGAGGAGCGGAGCUAGGAGCAGCCUGACCUGAGGGUAUGUAGGAAGUUGGAGAAGGCCAGGGGGAAUGUGAACUCUGUUUGCUUUGGUUUCUCAUACCUGCAAAUGCUAAAUUUGAGAAGAAGCCACACGGCGUGUUGGAAAUUUGGUUAAUUCUGGUUGGUUUUCUUCAUUCAAGAAAGCUCGUGAUUCGUCACUGCAAAAUGUUUGCAUUAGAAAUGGGGUCAUGCUCUUUAAAGGGGGGAGGACAGAGGCCCCAUGUCAGCCCAGGGUUGUACUGGUGAUCAGUUCAAGUCAUUGUUAACCAUUAUGUGAAAUAUAUCUCCAGUGGAACUGAAAAUUGGAAAAGGCUGUAAAUAAAUCAAUCAAAUGAUUUCUUUGUAUAAACGAAUUAUACAAUUAAAAAAAAAGCACACACAUAAUAACCCAAAA